UUCACUAUUUUCUCAUCUUACACAAAUAUUUUGACCAAGUUUUUUUCUUUUUUGAAUAAAUAGCUUUGUGUUAUUUUUGUUUUAUUAUCUUAUUUUAAUUUAUACUUCAAGAUUUUGAUUCAGAGGCAAGUGAACUUGAGAAACUGAUUUGGGUUUUCCAUAUUUUUUGCCUAAAGACUUUUUUUUUUCCAGCUAAAGCCCUGAAAAGACUAAUCUUGCUCAAGUAUGGAGCUAUAUUUUAUGUUUUUAAUUUGUUACAUUUUAUUGAAAAAUCAUUAAUUUUGUUCUCAGGAUUUUAUUUUGGAUUGUGGGUAAUUUUUAAAUUGUGUUAAUUUUUGCCGUUUUAAGUUUUGUAGUGUUAAUUUUGUAGUUUUUAAAUUGGAGGUAUUUUUUUAAGUUUUUAAUUUGUUACUAUUUUAUUGAAAAUCAUUAAGUGUGUUCUGAAGAUUUUAUUUUGGAUUGUGGGUAAUUUUGUAGUUUUUGGGGAGAAGAAGAAUGUUAUCAAGAAUGGAUUCUAGGAAGAAAAUAGGUGAGAAGCCUGGAAAUGGGAAGUUGUUGAAUGAUAUUGAAACUAUAAGUAAAGCCCUAUAUUUGGAUAAAACCCAACCUCGGCUUUUGAUGUCUACAGCUAGUAGUCGUUCCAAGUCUGUUGGAAAAGCGCAUUUACCGGAGCUGCCCAAAUCGAAGAAUAAAGACAAUGGUAGAGAUUUAUCAGACAAGGAUAGUAGUAAUAAGAAGUCUAUAUGGAGUUGGAAGAGCUUAAAGUCGUUAACUCAGGUUAAAAAUCGAAGGUUUAAUUGCUGUUUUUCGCUUCAUGUCCAUUGUGUUGAAGGGAUGCCAGCAUUUUUUAAUGACCUUAGCCUUGUCGUGCAUUGGAGGAGGCGAGAUGGUGAGUUGAUGACAUGUCCAGUUGUGGUUUGUGAAGGUGUAGCUGACUUCGAGGAACAGUUGAGUUAUACGUGUUCGAUAUAUGGUAGUAGGAAUGGCCCUCAUCAUUCAGCAAAGUAUGAGGCAAAACAUUGUUUGUUAUAUGCUUCAGUUUACGGUACUCCUGAACUUGACUUGGGGAAGCAUCGGGUUGACCUUACCAGGUUUCUUCCUCUUACACUGGAAGAAUUAGAGGAUGACAAGAGCUCAGGUAAUUGGACAACUAGUUUCAGGUUGUCAGGUAAGGCUAAAGGUGCAAGCAUGAACGUUAGUUUUGGGUAUCAUAUAGUGGGAAAUGGGAACACAUCUGCCAAUAGGGACAUUCUUGAGGUGCGGAACAUGAGGCAGAACAGUGCAAGUGCUGCAAAGCUUCUUGCACAAUCUGAGCAAAGUGAUGAUCUAAGCAUAAUAAGGCGAGCUGGAAGCGUUCCUGCUCGGUCUUCUACUUCACAGCAGUCUGCAGAAGAUGUAAAAGAUCUUCAUGAGAUUUUACCAACGCCGAGCUCUGACCUUUCCAAAUCUGUAGAAGUGCUGUAUCAGAAGCUUGAGGAAGAGAAGUUGGAAACUUCAUUUGAGUUCAAACCAGAGAUUGAUGUGUUCUCUAAUAACACUGUUGAUAACCUCAAACCAGAGUUGGCCUUGUUAUCAGAUCCUGUGAAGGGAAAUGUUGAAAACGACUGUGAAGUUGGUGAUUUUUCUGUCAUAGAGCAAGGCAUAGAACUUCCCCUGAAGGAACUGGAGGGAAAAGAAGAUGAUUCUAUGAAAACUUUUGAUGGUUCCGUGACAGAGAGACUUGUACCUGAUAGUACCUUGAAGAUGCCCAUUGAAGAGGAGGCCCAGCCUGUAUUGUUGGCCAAGGGUCUUGACAGUGAGAAUGAAGACCUUGCAGUGAGCGCCAACAAUCUCGAGACAGAUGAAUCAGCAAAAGAAUUAAUUAUGAGAGAAUUGGAGUCUGCAUUAAACAGUUUCUCUGACUUGGAAAAUGAGGGAUUAGAUUCUCAGGAACAUGGCAAUGAAGUUAUAAAUCAUGAUAGUUACUUGGAUGCUAAAGCGAAUAAUAGAGAGCUUAGGAAGGGAAAAUCCCUCAGCGUGGAUUACGUUAAUGAAUCCGUGGCUGGUGAUUUCCUGGAUAUGCUAGGGAUUGAGCAUAAUCCAUUUGGCCCAAGCUCUGAGAGCGAGCCUGAUUCCCCACGAGAACGAUUAUUGAGGCAAUUUGAGAAGGACACUUUGGCUAGUGGGUGUUCUUUGUUUAACCUUGAUCCGGACAUUGAAGAAUUUGCUUCUGAUGCUCCAAGUGUAUCUCAGUGGAGUAGCAUCUGUGAUAAUUUUGGUUAUUCUUCUGCUGCACCAUCAUAUGAGGAGAUGCCUAAGAUAGAAAUUGAGGAAACGAUUAACAAAACAAGAGCUUCCAUGUUGGAGGACUUGGAGACAGAGGUUUUGAUGCAUGAGUGGAGCUUGAAUGAGAAGUCAUUUGAAUAUUCUCCUCCUAAAAGCUCAAGCGGUUUUGGCAGCCCAAUUGAUGUGCCUCCUGAAGACCCUUACCAAUUGCCUCCUCUUGGAGAAGGUUUAGGAAACUUGCUACAGACAAAAAAUGGAGGAUUUUUAAGGUCAAUGAAUCCUGCAAUUUUCAAGAACGCUGAGUGUGGAGGGAGUUUGAUUAUGCAGGUAUCCAGUCCAGUAGUGGUGCCUGCAGAAAUGGGGUCUGGUAUAAUGGACAUACUGCAGCAUUUGGCCUCCAUCGGAAUAGAAAAACUCUCCAUGCAGGCAAGUAAGUUAAUGCCUUUGGAAGAUAUGACUGGGAAGACAGUGGAACAAAUAGCCUGGGAAAACGCACCGACCUUAGAAGGACCUGAAAGACAAGAUUUAUUGCAACAUGAGGUUGAAUUUGGGCAAAAUAUGGCAACAAGCAGUCAAAGUAAAAAGGGGAAAUUGCGUGGACCAAUGUCCAGUAAGUUGGAAUUAAGUUCUACCACUCACAUGGAUGGCGAAUAUGUAUCCUUGGAAGAUCUUGCUCCUUUGGCAAUGGAUAAAAUUGAAGCCCUUUCAAUUGAGGGUUUGAAAAUACAGACAGACAUGUCAGAUGAGGAUGCACCUUCAAACAUCAGCGCUCAAUUUUCAGCCUUUGAGGGACAGAAGGUCAAUUUGGGUGGAGCGGUAGGUCUGGAAGGGGCAGGUGGAUUGAAGCUUCUGGACAUUAAAGGCAAUGGUGAUGACGUUGAUGGGCUUAUGGGUUUAUCUCUAACACUUGAUGAAUGGAUGAGGUUGGACUCAGGAGAAAUUGACGAUGAAGAUGAGAUAAGCGAACGAACCUCCAAACUGCUAGCAGCUCAUCAUGCUAUCAGCACAGACGUGUUUCGGGGCAGGUCGAAGGGAGAGAAGAGACGCGGAAAAAGUAGGAAGUGUGGUUUGCUGGGAAACAACUUUACGGUGGCACUAAUGGUGCAGCUCCGUGAUCCUAUGCGGAAUUAUGAGCCAGUUGGUACACCUAUGCUUGCUCUUGUUCAAGUCGAGAGAGUGUUUGUACCACCUAAACCUAAGAUAUACAACACUGUUUCUGUGGUUAGAAACAACAAUGAAGAUGAUGACGAUGAAUCUGCACCUCCCAAAAAGGACUCGAAUGUAGACAUCAAAGAAGAGAAAAUCCCCGAGGUUGACCCAAUCGCACAAUACAAAAUAACCGAAGUGCACGUUGCAGGUCUUAAGACCGAGCAAGGUAAAAAGAAAUUAUGGGGUUCCGCGACUCAAGAACAGUCUGGCUCUCGUUGGUUGGUUGCUAAUGGAAUGGGAAAGAAAAACAAACAUCCAUUAAUGAAGUCAAAGGCGGCUGCUAGCAGAUCUUCAAAGGCAGCUGCUCAAUCGGCAACAACCACAGUGCAGCCUGGUGAUACACUAUGGAGCAUAUCUUCUAGGGUUCAUGGCACAGGCGCUAAAUGGAAGGAAAUAGCAGCACUGAAUCCACAUAUCCGGAAUCCUAAUGUAAUAUUACCUAAUGAGAAAAUCAGAUUGAGGUAGUGGUGCAAACUGUGUUAUUCAUUGGGACGACGAAUUUUGGAAGUGACCGCCCAACUUCUGGUGAAAGAACAGCUGCAAGUUAUAUUGAACAUCAAAGAACAGGGGAGUGGCUCCACAGACAAUGGAGUGACGUGCUCUGCCUAAAUGUCUCUGCAUGUCCAUAGCGAACGUGCUGAACCAGCAUAUGUUUGUGCUAUGUCAAUGACAUGUCAAGGAAUGUGCUCUUCUGUUCCUUAAGUUAUUGUUCUCUUUUGUAUAUGUGCUUGAUUUUGUACAUUGUUACCCGUCGUGGCUGUGGUUGUCGUGGGGAACAGUGUUUUCCACUUCACUUAUAGAAGAAAUGUAGUGAUAAUCAUGUGACUCCUGUGUUUGUGGCAAUAGUAGAAGAUGUCUUCCUCAUGUUGUGAUUUAACGUUGUAUCACAAUUGUAUUGAAACUUAGCAUCCAUGCGAGAAAAGUUUAA